AAGUUGGGAAGUGAAAAAAACGUCAGCGUUCACGUUCAGGCGGAACUGAAGAGCCAGUUGUGUGUUUGUGGAGGAAGUUUGAAGUUAGUUGUGUGUAUUUCUGCGUUGUGACUGUAAACAGGUUUGUUUACACCUGCAGGGUCUCAGCUGGGAGGAGGACAUGGCCUCCACGGUGCAGAACACCGACGUGAAGCAGAAAGAUGCUGAUCGUGCGGUGGUCGUGGCGGUAACAUCUCGUGCGGCGUUUGGAGCCGAUGACGGUGAUGAGGUGUACGGUGUGGGCGUGGCCUUCACGCUGCUGCAGGUCAAAGCGCUGCAAAGAGUGAAUGAACGUCUGCUGGAGGAAAAUCCUGCUGAGUCGCUGCUGUUUGAUGUCGUCCUGAUCACCACCGACAGCCAGCAGCAGCAGCAGAGCGCCCGCAUCAUCAGCAGCACCAGACAUUACGGUCUGGAAGUCAGCAGGUUCUGUUUUUCCAGCGAGGAGGAUUUCAUCGAGAGUUUACUGAAAAAUAACGUGCAGCUCUUCCUGUCGCCAGACGGAAACGAGGUGUCGCAGGCGUCACAGAGAGGCGUCCUCUCGGCGCUGCUGAACCAGCUGACAGCUUCCAGUCCGUCAGAGCAGCUCAGGGUUUUGUUGUGCGGCGACGCCGUCAUCCUUCCCGACACCAGCCCGGCGCCGGCGAGUCGCCAGGCGGCUCAGCGAUUCUCAGCUCAGCUGGGCACGAUGCGGCGGCGGUUCAGCGUGUUCGACAGCCCUCUCAGUAUCGUGCUGAUGACGUCGCGCGGUGGCCGGGAAAGCUGCGGCAGAGCCUUGCAGGAGCUGCGUUCCCGUGGCGUCAGUGUGGACGAGGCGUACUGCCUGGCCGGGGCCCCGCGGGGCCCCAUCCUGUCCCUGCUCCAACCUCACUUACUGCUCAUCGACGUGGAGGAGUGAUGACAUCAUCGUCCUGUCACAUGACCUUCACUGUGUCUUUGAAACAAGCUUCCAGAUCCUCAGACUGAGCUCAAUCAACAAAUCGUUUCUUCUCAUUCAGCCUUAAAGGGGCCGAUCAGAGGGAAGCCCCGCCCACCACCAACAUUCAGAUGACUCUGCUGUCACUCAUGAAUUUAUUGACACUUUGUUUCCAGUCCGUCUUAAACCAACAGUCAGUCUUGUGUGUUUAUCUUGCUGUAAUCAUUCCUCCUGUUCAUACUGACCAUCAGAU